AUGAUGGUUUGCGAAAAAAGUAAGAAGAAUAUUACUGAGUCAAGUAUUUUCAAACAGAAUAUGCAGACACACACCAAUGACAAGCUUUUUGGUUGUGAGAAAUGUAAGAAAACCUUCACCUAUUCAAGUCAUCUCAAACGACAUAUGCGAACACAUAACAAUGAGAAGCCUUAUCAUUGUGAGCAAUGUGAAAAGAGUUUUAACACAUCAAGUCACCUCAAACAACAUAUACGAACUCAUACCAAUGAGAAGCCUCAUCAUUGUGAACAAUGCAAGAAAUGUUUUAGCCAAUCAGGUAACCUCAAACAACAUUUACGAACACAUACCAAUGAAAAGCCUUAUCAUUGUGAGCAAUGUGAAAAGAGUUUUACCACAUCAUGUAGUCUCAAAUAUCAUAUACGAACACAUACCAAUGAGAAGCCUUAUCAUUGUGAGCAAUGUAAAAAGAGUUUUACCACAUCAUGUAAUCUCAAACAACAUAUACGAACACAUACCAAUGAGAAGCCUUAUCAGUGUGAGCAAUGCAAGAAAUGUUUUAGCCAAUCAGGUAGCCUCAAACAACAUUUACGAACACAUACCAAUGAGAAGCCUUAUCAUUGUGAACAAUGUGAAAAGAGUUUUACUCAAUUAAGUUAUUUCAAAUAUCAUAUACGAGCACAUACCAAUGAGAACCCUUAUCAUUGUCAACAAUGUCCAAAGAGUUAUACCACAUCAAGUCAUCUCAAACGGCAUAUACGAACACAUAGCAAUGAGAAGCCGUAUCAUUGUGAGCAAUGUGAGAAGAAUUUUACCUCAUCUAGUAAUCUCAAGCGGCAUAUGCGAACACAUACCAAUGACAAGCUUUAUCAUUGUGAACAAUGUGAAAAGAGUUUUACCCAAUCAAGUAAUCUCAAAUAUCAUAUGCUAACACAUAACAUAGUAAAACCUUGUCAAGAGGAACACUCAGAUUUAUUCACUUGGCAUAAUAGCUUAAACAAGAGAAGACAUCAAAAUAAACCUGAAAACUGUUCUUGCAUAAAUAAUGGAAGUUAUACCAUGAUAGAUAAUUCGGCAGAGCAGUUUUACUGUCGUCAGUGUGAGUGUAUAUACAGUCAAUUAUCCCAUGAAAGAAACUCAUUAAUUAUUCACACAGAGAAGAAAUAUACAUAUAGGUGGAUAUCCAUAAAUGGUGAAAAUCAGUUCACUGUCACACUCAACAGACAAGAUGAGAGUUCAAAUGUGGAAGAACAGAAACGAUUGUUUAUUAUGCAUACUGGGUUCAUUGUUGAGAAGAGAAUUCACAAACACAUAGAAGAAUUCAGAUUGUACAGCCACAGAAUGGAUAAGUGCUGA